CUGAAGAGAGAGAGAGAGAUGGCGAGAGAGAAGAAGAAGAGGUGUGUGGAGUGUGGGCAUAAAGCUAAAUCCUUGCUCAUUCAAUACUCUCCUGGCAAUUUUCGCCUCAUGAAAUGCGAGAAUUGCGAGGAAGUAGCAGACGAAUACGUCGAGUGUGAGCUAAUGAUAAUUUUCAUCGACUUGAUUCUUCACAAAACAAAGGCAUACAGACACUUACUCUACAAUGUAGUUAAUCAAGAAUCUGCUAAUGUUCAGCAUCUAUUGUGGAAAUUGGUCUUGGCUUAUCUUCUUCUAGAUACUUAUAGAAGCUUGCUUCUGCGAAGAACCAGUGACGAAUCGAAUGUGUCCAUGAGCUUUGUUCUUGAAUCUCUAAAGGUUCUGGUCAAUGUUCUAUCUGCGAAUUUUGCAUUUGUUUUGUCAUUUUCACUUGCUGCUAAGAUGAUGCUGGGUAUGUCAAGAGGACAAGAGAUUCUUUUGGGGAUCUUAAUCUCGAGUUACAUCAAGAUCUUUCUAUUUGCUAUGCCGGUCUGGGAAUUCCCGGUUUCUGUGAUCUUCAUCGUAGAUAUGCUCGUUUUAACAUCAAAUGCAGUUGCUCUUAAAGUGAUGACUGAAUCAGCAACGAGCAGAUGCGUAGCCGUGUGUUUCAUUGCACACUCAAUUAGAUUCUUAGCGGAUCAGAUCACUGGGCCAACCAAACACUUUGGAUAUGUCAUGUAAACUACCCUCUCUUAUAAGGAACUUGUGAUCUCAUAUAAUCUUCUUUAGGGUCCUUUAGUUUCUUUUGUCUAACACCUAUGUGAUAUAAUAUAUGGUAAUUUAGGAUCGUCAUAAACAGACUUGAUUUAUAUUGUUACAAAUAUGGAUUGAAAACAAAAAAAGUUACAGAAAACUUA